AAGCGGUGGAACGAAAACAUCGUUCGCGCAGUUCUCAACUCCUAGGCUCCGAUCUAGAAGAGGCACGGAGUGGUUGAUUCUCUUUUCCUGUCAGCGUGCGCAGUGGCAUUGAUCUGGGGGCUCCUGGGCUCAUCUGAAGAAUGUUACCGAACCUGAGGAACACCUUGUGUGCCGCCCGGAGCUGUGUUUUUGAGCAGGUCCGUAACGCUAGCGCCAGGUCGAAGGGGAAUCGAGCGUGCCGACAGGAUGGAGCUCAAAAAGGCCAAGAGUACGGUUAUAAACUAAGGUCGGGACAGUUUGCUAAACAAGGAGUCAUGCUGGUCAAACAACGACUACCCAGGUUCUUCCCCGGCUUGAACGUGGAAGUGAGAGGCGAGAAGCUCUCGCUACACGCGAUGGUACCAGGCAAGGUUUUCGUCACAAGAGAGAAAGUCAACAUCAAUCCCGAGUGUGCAGUUGCGAAACAUUUCGACGAUCGAUAUAUGGAUGCUGUCUACAAGAAGUACUAUCAUGUGGUUCCCGAGCCUCAGUACAACAAAUUCCAGCUAAUAGCGAACAUAUGAGCUCCGGUUGUGUGAUUUAUAGGAAAAUAAAAAGCCUUCAGUUCACAAGGGA